AUUGUACAUUGCGUGUAAGGACCAGGUGUCUGCAGAACGCUGUUCCUUUACACACAAAUUCAACACAGUUUGCAUUGUGCAGAAAACACAAUUUAUGUUGGUUACAGUCAAACAAAUUCCUUAAGCUAACUUUCUGAAAUUACACUGUCAAAACAUUGCAGUAAUGCAAUGAUGGUCUUCCUAGUGCCAUAAAAUAAUGAAGACUAGCUACCUCUACUGUCGGACAUUCUCACACUUGCCUUGUAAGCUGCAAAACACUGUCAUCACUACUCUUUUAGAUGCCUGCAACUAUGGCAAACCAUUAAUGCUUGAACCACUGAAAUCAUGCUCAUACCUGCCCCAACCAAAAGCAUUAAAGAAACAAAGUAUCCAAUUAAAGCUAACUGACAGGAUUUGUUAUAGCAAGUGCUUGUUUCUUGUUGAUGUACCUGCUCAUAAACUUUCAGGUGUGCAUUGACGAACUUGCACUAAUGAGGCACUGAUACCAUGUGCCUUGGUGAAGCCUAUGUUUUUAUUGUGGCACAGUAUUAUGGCGCUAUUCAACAGGAAAUGAUGACUUCUGCCAUACUCAGUUUCGGUACACACAUCUUUUUCUGCCUUAUAUGUAACUAUAUGUGCUUUGCGCGGUUGACGUGAGACGCAAGAGGCUUCAUGAACCAGUGUAAACACCAAGUAUAACUUGUCGCAAGUACAAUGGAGCAACUUUGCAUGAAUUCACAGUGAACGGCAAAAAGUAGGAUGACGAAAGACAAGCGCCUAUGCAUGCUUAUGUUUCUCUACAAUUGUUUCUUCUUAUUUUUGAUGAUAAUUGCUCUUUGCAAACAUUAACUCGGCGAGCUAAAUUUGUAGUGCAGUUGUGCAGGCAGGCAAAGGCCAGUAAUGGGCUGUUCUCUUAAUUUCACUUAAAUAUAAUGUGUGAGUGAUUACUUAAAUGUGCGUUAAAGAUUACUAUGAAGUCAAGUUAAAGUGAUAAGGCAAUUCUCAAGAACGUCUAAGACGUCAAUAUAAUCGCGAACAGAGCUUUAGUAACCGAGAAAUUGAGGUAAAUGCAUGACGACUUGAGACCUCCCGGCGACAUUCCGGUACUAGGCCGAUGACGAAGGCACUCAUCAUAAUUUAUGUCACUAGUACUCAACCACUCGUAUUAAAAAGAUAAUUUCAUUAGGUUAUAAGACUGAAGAAAGUGCUACUUGUCUACUUCUGUUCGAUUCUAAGAAAAAAAAUCAUUUGACGUUACCCUUCAGUAGUAUGGGUGAUCGAAAGGUUUCGUUUUCGCUCGACUCUGCGUCGCGCGCGCUUUGGAGUUUCAGUUGGUUCGUUAUCGCGUCGUGCUGCGCUGGUUCUGCUGGCUCGCGAAACUUGCAUUCGGAACAAGCAGCGCGAAUGCCACGUCCAUGUGAUGUCGUGGGAUGCGCGAACGGUCCGCGGAACUUGGUCAAGUGCAGUUGCAGCGGCGAAUCCAACGUUACUUAUCAUUGUGUGCCAACGAGUGAACCUCUCCGUUCGAAGUGGUUAAGUGCCGUACCUCUGCCACAGCGCGAUGGCAAAGAGCCGAAAAAUCGCAUAGUGUGCUCGCUACACUUUCGUCCAGAGGAUUACGUGUUCAACGCCGACUUACUGAAGUCGUGUUGAGUGCCUCCUUUCAAAGCAUGCUUCCCCGUAGCGCUGUUCCGUCGGUCUUGCCUGCAUUCUCCGAAGCGCAAGAACAACUGCAGGUCGAAGACGGGGCGGUUGACUUUUGUGGGCAGACGGAAGAAGUUGGAAAGGUUGACAGUUGUGUACAGACUGAAGCUGCCGUAAAGAGGACUUGCGAAGUACAGACUGAAUGUUCCGGGAAGAGACAUGAUAGCCCACAACCGCCAGCGAAACAGACAUCAGAGGUGUUUGUGAAUGCACAAGGAGAGAAAUCACUAGCGGAGUCCAUCCCAUUACAAGCGACAUUGAAUACUUUUGUCGAAGAUGACAGAAUGCGUGUCUGCGAGCCUGCUGGUGAUGUAUGGGAUGAUGAAAGCGAGGACGAAACUACUGCCACUGUUUUGCACACGGUCUACCCCUGCAAGGAAUGUGGUGACCUCUUCUUGAAGGAAGAUGUGUUAGAUGCACACUUGUGGCAGGAGCACAAGCAGAGGAGCCAUCUUGGCUUGCAUAAAUGGACACCCAGAGGUGUGCAGCCAUUUGAGUGCCAGUUCUGUCGAAAGGGCAUCAGCCAACGGGAAUAUCUCGACCGGCACCUAAAAGACCACUUCGAUGAAAGGAACCAUCUCAGCUUGCAGGAAAGGACUCUCAGAGGCGAGGAGCUGUUUCAGUGCCAAUUCUGCAAAAAAGGCUUCAGCCAGCGGGAAGAUCGCGACCGGCACCUGAGAGACCACUUGGAUGAGAGAGAGCAGUCAGAUGGAACGUUGUACGAGUGUGAAGAGUGUGGGCAGCAUUUCACCCAGCAAUCUCGGUUGGCUUGCCACCAGAUGUUGCAUGUGGCCGAUGAAAAAUCUGCCAAUGUGUGCCCCAACUGCGGCCAGGCCUUCACGCAAAAGCACAUGCUCAUUGAACACAUGCUGUCCCAGCACACGGACGGAAGGCCUCAUGCCUGCCCAGUGUGUGGGAAGACGUUCACACGAAUCAGGAGUGCAAGGAGGCAUGAAGAAGUGGUGCACAGAGGCCAUUACCAGUACCACUGUCCUGUAUGUAAUAAAGGGUUUUCUAAAAAAGACAAACUAACGCACCACUUAGAGUCACGUUACGGCCACGGAGGAACACAGACUCGGGAUGCAGUGAGUAUUUCGCACUGCUUGAGCAGAGAAGCAGAGGAGCAUAAUUAAAGGGGAUAAAUUUAACUCAUAAUGGCAUAGUGGCUUUGGUAUUGUUUUUAUUAGCACGUGGUCAUGCGUAUUAAAUUUUAUAUUCGGCUGCAGAGGCUACAUUCUGAUGUAAGUGGAAUGCAAAACACUCUUACUUGUAUUUAGGCAUGUGGUACAGGAAUCUCAGGUGAUUAGAAUCAACCUGAAGCUUACUGCUUUGUCAUUACUCAUAAACCCUAUGUAGCAUUGGAUGUUAAAACUGUAAAUUAUAUUAUCAAUAAAUAAAUUAAGUGGA